AGAAAAAGACGUCAGAGGCCCCUCGGAUUGGAAUUUGCAGGAGGGGGCGGCUUUUGCAAGACACUUUGACUGAUGCAUCUUUUUCUUUUUGUAUGACCUGGAGACGAAUCCAUCUCGCAUUACACCUACAGGCUACAGGCUACAGGCUACAUCCUACAUACCCAACAUCUCUCGGACAACCGGGCAAUAAAUUAAUAAUUACACUCAAUUCCCUCAACACACGAUGAAGCUUCUCUACCCCACCUCCCUUAAACUCGACGUCUCUAGCCUAGAAGGCUUCUCCGUCUCCCUCCACCCUUACGACGUCAAGCAACCCAUCCCCGACGACCUCAUUGACGCCGACAUCCUCGUCACCUGGACCAACUCCCCCACAAACCUCCAAGAUGCCGCCGCCCGCAUGAAGAACCUCCGCUGGAUCCAAUCCCUCGCCGCAGGCCCCAACGACGUCCUCAGCGCCGGCUUCGACACCGAGAACCGCGUCGCCCUGACCACCGGCUCGGGCCUCCACGACCACACCGUCGCUGAACACGCCCUCGGGCUCCUCCUCAACGCCGCCCGCCGCUUCUACGAGAUGCGCGACUACCAGCUGCAAGGCAAGUGGCCGGGUCACCUCGGCGGCCCGCAGCCCGACCGCCCGUCCGACAGGUUCACCACGCUGCGCGACGCCCGCGUGCUGAUCUGGGGGUUCGGCAACAUCGCCAAGUCGCUGACCCCGCACCUCAGGGGUCUGGGGGCCACCGUCCGCGGCGUCGCCCGGUCCCCCGGCAUCCGGGACGGCGUGGAGGUCGUCGCAGAGGAGAAGCUCCCCGAACUGCUCCCGCAGACGGAUGCGCUGGUCAUGAUUUUGCCCGGGUCGGAGUCGACGCGCCAUGCUCUUCAUGCCGAGAGGCUCGCCUUGCUGCCGAACCAUGCCUGGGUGGUGAAUGUCGGGCGCGGCACCUCCGUCGAUGAGGACGCACUGGUCGAGGCCCUGGAGAAGGGAGAGAUUGGUGGCGCUGCGCUGGAUGUGUUCGAGACCGAACCGUUGCCGGAGGAUAGCAAGCUUUGGAAGGCGCCCAAUGUCAUCGUCUCGCCGCAUGCUGCGGGAGGCAGGCCGCAGGAUGCCGAGGCUCUGAUUGCGUACAACCUGAGGAGGUUCCUGGCCGGUCAACCGUUGAAGAACCACCACCGCACCGAGUCUUCCAGUCGGCUAUGAUGGAAUAUUGUCACGACUUUGAUGGACAUGCAUGUUUGUAUGUAGGUUAGAAUUUGGUGAUUGAUCAUUGCAUGUGAUCAUUGAUUUCUUUCUCUCA